CUCUUUACACUGGGAAACAAAACAAGGCGGCAUCACCCAAAAGCAACACACUCUCCCUCUCUCUGUUCUGUCCUCGCUCCAAAAUUUUACCAUCUUCAUACAGAGGGAAAUCGGGCUUGACGAAACCCUAUUUUUCACCCUCAAUCUCAUAGAGAGGGUUGCAAAUAAUCUUCACUUUGACAGAUCGGAGAUGGGAUCUGGGGCUGGAAAUUUCCUCAAGGUUAUUCUAAAAAACUUUGAUGUUCUUGCUGGGCCUGUGGUCAGUCUUGUUUAUCCUCUAUAUGCCUCAAUUCAGGCAAUUGAGACCAAGAAUCCUGUUGAUGACCAGCAAUGGCUUACUUACUGGAUUAUGUACUCCAUGAUCACCCUGUUUGAACUUACUUUUGCCAAAGUCCUUGAAUGGAUCCCUAUCUGGCCGUAUGCAAAGUUGAUCCUGACCUGCUGGUUGGUGCUUCCUUACUUCAGUGGUGCCGCCUAUGUUUAUGAGCAUUAUGUGAGGCCUUUCUUUGUCAAUGGUCAGACUAUCAACAUCUGGUACGUCCCAGGGAAAAAGGAACACCCGAGUAAACCAGAUGACAUUCUAACUGCUGCAGAGAAGUAUAUCCAAGAAAAUGGAACACAAGAAUUUGAGAAUCUCAUCAACAGGGCCGAUAAAUCUAGGAGUGGCGGAUAUAGGACGUAUGAUAAGAGCUAUUGAUGCUGAGUUUUUUUCCUUGACUGCUACUGAAUGCAAACUUUUAGCCUGUCUUUUGUGGGAAAGGGGGUUCAGUCUCAUGUCAGUAUGAUACUCACAUUUUCUCGUCUUUACUUGAGUGAUAAGUGAUACUAAUUGGGAUUUUUUGGUGUCUCGCAUUGUCUAGAAUUUUUAGCGUGUAAUUAUGUCAGGCUUAGUAAUGCAUGUUAUGUCCGGUGGCCAUGACAACGGCGGUAGAUAAUGAUAAUAAAAAUUCAAAACCAGCUGGUUAAUAUUUUUCU